UGACGUGUCUGUGUUGAUGUGUGUAUGUGCUGUGGCGGCGAUGGCGGUGGACAUCACGCUGCUGUUCAGGGCGAGCGUGAAAACAGUGAAGACGCGCAACAAGGCGUUAGGCGUAGGACAAGAGACCGCAAAGGACGAACUCCUGCGGAGAAACCGACCGAAAAACGGCUUUUCCAGCAAAGCCAAGGAAGUGAUCUCCAACAUCACCAAACUAAAGGAUUUCCUGCUGCAGCAUAGAAAGGACUAUGUGAACACCGGCAGUUUACUUUCGUCAGAUGUGACUCGUAUGACCGAUUGUGAGAGAGACCAGAUUGAUCAGGAUGCUCAGAUCUUCAUGAGAACAUGUUCAGAUGCCAUUAAACAGCUGAGAGCUGAAGCAGAGAAAACGGUGGUCUCUGUUCAAAUGAAGGAGCAUCGUGGGGCUGUACUGGAUUUAAUACAAGUCUACCUUAAAGGCGUAUGUAAGCUGUACUCGGAGCAAAGAGCGAUCCGUGUGAAGCGAGUGGUGGAUAAGAAGAGACUGUCUCGUUUGGAACCAGAACAGAAAAUGAAAGUGGGAAAACCUCAGAGCGAAGACACUGAGAGAACCGUACCGGACGAAAGCAGCGAGAAGCCAACGUGUGAUGGUGGUGUUGAUUUGUGGGAGGACAGCCGAGUGGAGGACGAGCUUUCACCUGAGGAAAUUCAGAUGUUUGAGCAGGAGAAUCAGAGGCUGGUGAGUGAGAUGAAUAGCCUGGUGGAUGAAGUAAGGCAUAUUGAAGGUAAGGUGGUGGAGAUCUCUCGGCUGCAGGAGAUUUUUGCUGAGAAAGUUCUGCAGCAGGAGGUAGAAAUUGAUAAUAUUCACCAGUUGGUUGUUGGAGCAACAGAAAAUGUGAAAGAAGGCAAUGAAGAUAUUCGAGAGGCAAUUAAGAAUAAUGCGGGUUUCCGCGUUUGGAUCCUCUUCUUCCUGGUCAUGUGCUCCUUCUCUCUGCUCUUCCUGGACUGGUAUGACAGCUAAUUAUUGGAAAUGCAUCACCUUACAGCAGGAUGUGAUGCCAUAUGGGACUGUAACACCACCAAGACGCUAAAUAGGACACAGUGAUUUGUGUGUAAUGCACAAGUGUGGGAGUGGGUGGGGCGGGGCAUUGUGCACUGGGCUCAUCCAGAAAAGAGGACCUUCAAGAUAUUUUGUGUAUAUAUACGUAUAUACGUAUAUAUGUGUUUUGUCAUAGUUGUCUAUUCAUGUCUUUCCCCCUCUUUUGUCGUCGUCCCCCCUUUGCGCUUAACUUUUUUUUUUCUAAAAAAAAUAGAUUAAAGACAAUCGCUAAUCUAAAUUAAAAUGUACUAAAUUAUAAAUUCAAUUCUGUGAAUUUUUAAACUUACACUGCCACAUUAUUGCUUCAGGGUAACGGCUCCAUUCACAGGUCAACAUUACUUACUGUUUGAAGUUUUUGAUUUACUCCUCAUGUUCUUUUGUGUUUUUUCUGGGUUCCCCAGUUUCUCGCAUUGUCCCCCCCC